AUGCGACCUUAUUGGGGAUUGCUAACCACGUCUGCUGAGGUCAAUGUCUUCCCCUCCCGAUACAAUGUACCUGAGUUCGUGGUAAAUAUGAUUGACGCUGCUUGUCUCACCCAGAUGUACAUGGCCUUCGCCGACUCCAAGUACCAUUAA